AUGCUUCUCCUCCCAGCUGCUGCUCUGUGCUGUCUGUGUUCAGCAAACAUUCAGCAGCAGGUUUUUGUACGACCAUUUUUCACUGUGGGAGGAAAGUGGUACCGGAUCUUUGGCUCUGGAACUAAACUGUAUGUAACAGGUGAGCAGGUAGUGAAGCCCGUGGUGAGCGUGUACCCAGCAGCAUCCAGAGUCCACCUGGAGGGGAGCAGCUCCCUGCUGUGUCUGGCCUCAGCCAUGUUUCCUCCUCUGGUCCGCUUCUCCUGGAAGAAGGACGGCCAGCCGGUGAAGCUGUCCUCUACUGAGGCAGAGCAGCUGGAGAUCAGAGAGCCGGGACGCAGCGCCUCCAUCUUGCUGAUCCAUCAGCAACAGGACAGCACAUAUAAAUACAGCUGCUACGUCCAGCACGAGGGGGGACCAGUGGAGGCCCAGACACAACAAGUUUCAGAGCUUCCUGAGCUUCAACAACCAACAGAUUCUCCAACAACCUCUGUUCCUUCAGAGAGAGAUCCAACAACCUCUGUUCCUUCAGAGAGAGAUCCAGCAGCCUCCGUUCCUUCUGAGUCUCAGGUGAAUCUGCUCUGUCUGCUGUCCACAGUGCUGAUAGUGAAGAGUCUGGUGUUCUGCUGUGGACUCUCUCUGCUGAUGAUCCUCACAAACAAGGGACCGUCCACCAACUGCACACAUGCUGACUGACUGUUUGCUGCUGGACUUUUCUCACCGUCACAUCUCAUCAAUACGUCUCAUUCAUCUCUUUGAUCAGUGAUCACAAAUGAUAGCUUUGACGUGUUGUUCUUGGCUGUAAAAUGCUUCUCUUACAGUUUUUCUCAGUCACUUUGGUACAUUUCUCAAAUCAUCCUCGAUAUUUACAGAACAGGAAGUGCAUUUUUCAGAACAAUUCGUACAAAUAGAAAAACCUCAUAGAUUACCUUCUAAAGCCAGUCUGUUGCUCAAAAUCCUUCGUUCAUCUCUCUAAAGUAAAUAUCUGUGUCAAUGAACAUGUCAGUGCAUCAGAAUGAUCAGUCCUUGUGUCAUUGUGUGGAUAAAACAGUCAGAUUGCUGAGUCAUGCUGUCAUUCUAACAGUGUUCUCUGGAGGGAUGUUCUGAUGUAAACUAUGGAUAAAGUUUUGAUGACAGUUAUUGUAAAUUGUAAGUUCCAUCUUAGUGUAUGUGGGAGAUUGAUUGUAAGAGACUGGACAAGAUUCACAUUUACUCUUUUACUGUUUGUGUUGUAGUUUGUUGACAGACCACGUCAUUGUGAUACAGAAAGGAGAACAGAGCUGCACAGCACAAAGAAAAAACAAAACAACAGUAGAAAUGUGAACAUAGGACAAUCUCCUGAGGGAAAACUGUACAUGCAGUGCUGCAGGAAUUACAGUUCAGUCUUCCUACACCUCCUGAUGUUCCUGUCUGUUGGACCACAAAUUCUAUCCACAUCAUGAAGAUCUUCUCUUGAGUCUUUCAGUGAUUUCAGAAAACUCUAACCCUUCACACGUUUCCUUUUGUUAGAGAAAGUCAAGAUUCACCUGGAAGUAAUUUACCAAUUCAGGACAGAUUUAGAAAAAAAGUCUAAAGGAAAUGUAUAGAAAUAUCUUUGACAUAUUCUGACAACUUGUUCAACCGUUCUGCAUGUAAAGACUGAUGUGAUGAACUAAUGCCUAAAUGUUGUGGGGGUGAGACUAUUCAACAGAGAGCCGUUAUAAUACAUUUAGAUCAACAUGACAGAAGCAGCUGAUAAUGUAGGAAACAGCAGAGAAUUGUACAGAAUCAUUGCAUGGAUGAACCAAAGCAUUUAUAACUUGUUCAGAGAAAUGAGAAACUGAUUUUUGAUGUGAACAAGUGACACAAUGAUGUGAAGAUUGAAGAAGUAGUUUGAGAAUUUAAGUUCUGAUCUGAGAAAUGAAGCAAAGAGAAAAACUGUAACUCACAUGUUUGAUGGUCAUCCUGUAAACACAGAUAUUCACAAAUAUAUUUUCAGUUUUUCUGUUUAAAUUCUGCAGGACAGUGUUGCUUUGAUGUUCUGGUCUUGUAAUCUCUUGAUAAAGUUUGAUGUAAAGUGCAGCAAAUUGAUCAAUAAACUCAAAUAAUUACAGUA